AUGGUCAUAAAGUCGAUACUCUUUCUCAUAGUCGGGGCAAUAGCUCUGAUCUUCCUCUUCUCCCACUCCCCCCAAAACGACCCCGCCACCCAUCACCACCACUGCCUGGAGACCCAUUCCGACUUCAAUCUCACCAAAAAUAUCGUCUGCCUCUUCCCGGAAAUCGAUGUGGACCCCACUGAUCAGUAUGUCUCCGUCCACGAACUUACUCAGUGGAAACUUCAUCAUCUCCAAACUAAGAAGUUCCAUCGCAGCAAGGAGGAGAUGAUCAUUUACGAUAAGAAUCUCGACGGUUUUGUCUCCUUCACCGAGUUCGAGAACCAUCUUCCCACUCCACCACAAUACACAGAUGGUGAUUCUUUUGCUUAUGAUAUGAGAGUGUUGGAAGAAGAGCAUUUUAAUGCAUCUGAUACAGAUGGAGACGGUCGUCUAAACUUACCCGAAUUCCAUGAUUUUCUUCACCCCGCUGACAGCAACAACCCAAAGCUUCAACAAUGGUUGUGCAGGGAGGAAGUCUGGGAACGUGAUACUGAUAGAGAUGGGAAGGUCAGUUAUAUAGAAUUUGUCAAUGGGCUCUUUGUUUCCAUAAGAUCCUAUGAUGAAGAAAGUAAUGGUUAUUCACAUCAUUCUGAUGAUUCGAAGAAUGCUUACGCCAAAGUUGUGUUUUCUCAGCUUGACAAAGAUCGUGACGGGUAUUUGUCAGCCAUUGAACUACUACCUAUAAUCGGAAAAGUACACCCUUCUUGGCAAUAUUAUGCAAGGAAACAGGCGGAAUACUUUGGUUCACGGGCACAAGUUGGCAAAUAUGGGCGCCUUAAUUUGAAUGAGAUGAUUGAGAAUGCAGAUAUAUUAUAUGCUGCCAUUUUCCGCGGCGACUUCUAUUAA